AUGUCUCCUCAGGAAACUUUGAAUCCAAAUCCACCUGCUGCCUUGCAGGUUAAGGUAUUGGUCUACCAAAUGCUAGAAAUGGCAAGGGCAAACCACUGCUGUAUUAGGCCCCGGAAACCCUUGGUUAUGCACAUAAAAAGAAGAAAGUUUAACAGCGUAAAUGGGGCCUCAUCUAAUGAUGGCACUUCGCUCGGCACAGGUAACCACGGCUGCAGGCAGAUGGCCCUGGAACGUCAUCAUGCUACUGCCUGCAAUACGAGAGCAAUCAGUGUAGCCACAGGGAACGUAAGAUCAUUAUAUCAAGCUGGAAAGCUGGAAAAUGUGAAAUGGGAAGCAACAAGAUUAGGAAUUAACAUCCUUGGCAUGUGUGAAGUAAGAUGGAAAGAAACAGUUCAGCUUGUGAAAUUGAAAGGAAAGGAUACCAACAUUUCUAUUGUGCAGAGAUAUACCCCAACAUCUCUUAGUACAGAAGAAGAAAUUGACCAGUUCUAUGAAGAAAUAGACAAAGCAAAAGAGCAAUACGCCUCACAAGAUAUUGUUAUUAUCAUGGGAGACUAUAAUGCAAAAGUUGGUCAACAACGAGAGGGUUUUGCUGUUGGUGAGCAUGGUCUAGGAUUACGAAAUGAAAGGGGCAACAAGCUGGCCGACUGGUGUAAAGCAAAUGAGCAGCUUAUAACGAACACUUGGUUUUAUCAUCAUCCAGGACGCCGAUGGACAUGGAAGAGCCCAGAUGAUAAUACCCGAAACCAAAUUGAUUACAUCACAAUUUGUAGAUAUAGUAAUGCAGUAAAGCAGUCAAAGAGCUAUCCAGGUGCUGAUUGUGGAAGCGGUCAUGUAAGAGAAAAUGCAGUGGCUGUCAAAAACCGUUUUGAGUUCUUAGAAGGUGAAGGUCAGCCUAUAUGGGAAGCUUUUAAUGUUUCUCUGACAGAAACACCAAAAAAGAUGAUUCCAAAGAAAAGCAAGACAGCAAAAGGCAAAUAG